AUGUCAGGCAACUACGAUUCAUGGGAAGAAGCUGCGGCGCAGGAUGAAGACCUUUCAAAGCAGACGCAGAACCUCAAUUUAAAUGCCAACGCCUUCAGGCCCGGAGCCUCUUCAUUUCAGCCUGGUGCUUCCUCCUUCCAACCUGGCCAGGCUUACCCCCAGAAUGGCUAUCAGAACUACGGCUACGGCCAGCAACAGGGCUAUAACCAGUACUCUCAAUAUGGCCAACAAGGCUACAACCAAUAUCCUCAAUACCACCAGCAGCAGCAGCAGCAGCAGCAGCAGCAGCAGCAGCAACCACAACAAGGCUACGGUCAAGGCUACAACAGUGGUCAGUUUGCUGCUUACAACCAGACACCCGGAGGCUUUCAACCAAGACAGGGUGCUCCUAUAAGCAUUGCCAAAAAGUCGGAUGCCCAGCCUACAGCGGCGCCGGCGCCGAAGCCGGCAGCUCAACAAGCGGAGGCUCCCUCUGCUGUGCCCACCACCGCUCCCUCAGCACCCAAAGCACAGCCAGCUGCAGCACCUCCAAAGGCGAAAGUGUUGUCAAUUGGCAUCCCGACCUCGACAGCAGCUGCGGCUUCGCCCAAGAAACCCGCCUCCCCCACGACCAAAGAGCCAGCAAAAGCCGAAGCAAAGGCCGAAGCAGGAUCCAAAGUGACUGCAGCAAAAGCCGUCGAGAAGACAGGAGAAAAAGCGUCCGGAAAGACUUCUCCAGCACCCUCCUCGGGCAAAUCAUCUCCCACGCCCGCUGAAGCCAAGAAAAUGCGAACUGCAGACGAAGUCGCGCAAGAACAGAGCGCCGAUGUGGAAGCCUCGGUCCUGGCGGAUAUGUACGGAAAAGAGCAUGUGAACAUCAUCUUCAUCGGACAUGUUGAUGCUGGAAAGUCGACUCUGGGUGGGCAGGUCCUCAUCCAAACGGGCAUGGUGGACGAUCGUACCUUGGAGAAAUACAAGCGAGACGCAAAGGAUGCCGGUCGAGAGACGUGGUAUAUUUCUUGGGUAUUGGAUCUGAACAAGGAAGAGCGAGCCAAAGGAAAGACUGUCGAAGUCGGUCGAGGUUUCUUCGAGACGGAGAGACGACGAUAUACUAUUCUGGACGCCCCUGGCCACAAGACCUAUGUGCCAAGCAUGUUGAGUGGUGCGGCGCAAGCAGACGUUGCGAUUUUGGUCAUCUCAGCCAGAAAGGGUGAGUUCGAGACAGGGUUUGAAAAGGGUGGUCAAACCCAAGAGCACGCCAUGUUGAUCAAGACAACGGGAGCCAAGGAACUGGUUGUGGCUGUCAACAAGAUGGACGACGUCACCGUACAAUGGUCGAAAGAACGGUACGACGAGAUCUUGGGCAAGCUGAAGCCGUAUCUCAAGAAGAGGAUUGGUCUCGAAUCGACCUUUUUGCCCAUCUCUGCGCAGACUGGCAUUGGCGUGAAGGACCGAAUUCCUCCCGAGGUGGCAGACUGGUACAAGGGCCCAUCCCUGCUUGAGUACCUCGACAACCUGCCGAAGAUCCAACGAAACGUCAAUGCUCCGUUCAUGAUGCCGGUGGGCGCCAAAUACCGAGACAUGGGCACAAUGAUCGAGGGUCGAAUCGAAGCUGGUGUGGUGCAGAAGAACUCGAACUACAUUAUGAUGCCGAAUCGAGAAGAAGUGGGCAUUGCCGCCUUGUAUGGCGAGACCGAGGAAGAAAUCCCCUAUGCCAUGUCGGGUGAACAGGUGCGCAUGCGUUUGCGAGGCAUCGAAGAAGAAGACAUCAUGCCCGGGUUUGUAUUGUGUUCGCCGAAACGUCUUGUCCACUGUGUCAAUCAGUUCGAGGCACAAAUCAGCAUCGUCGAGCUCAAGUCCAUUCUCUCGGCCGGCUUCAACUGCGUCAUCCACGUCCACGCUGCGACGGAAGAAGUCACCUUCGCCUCGCUCCUGCAUAAACUCGAGCCCAAGACUGGUCGCAAGAGUAAGAAACCCCCGGCAUUCGCCGCCAAGGGUCAAAACAUCAUCGCGCGCCUCCAAGUCACCAGUGGCGGUGGUAAGAUCUGCGUUGAGCGGUUCGAGGAUUAUCCCCAGCUUGGCCGGUUCACCCUUCGAGACCAAGGUCAGACCAUUGCCGUUGGCAAGAUCACGAAACUGAUUUUCGACGAGUAA